AGGUUGAUAAUCAUCUGCUUCUCCACAGAACUACAGCACAGGAUGACAGAGCAGAUAAAAGCAACAGAAGCGGUCGAGCAGACUGUUGAGAAGAAGGAGGAGGAGCAGGAGGAGAAGACCCAAGAAAGAUCCCCGUUCCUAGACUUCUCGACCUCCAUCCAAGACAACGACCUCGUCCUCGCCUGGCUCACUCGCGACAACACAAAGCCAAUCCGGCCGACGGCAAACGGCGCGUUCCACACCCGCUUCGGCUCGUUCCAACACAACCACAUCCUCGCGUCGAAAUACGGCUCGCAGAUCCCAUCCUCGUCGGCGACGCAGACGGGGUACAUCCACGUGCUGCACCCGUCGCCUGAGCUGUGGAGUCUCUCGCUGCCGCACCGCACGCAGAUCGUGUAUACCCCCGACGCGUCGUAUAUCGCGCAGCGACUACGGAUCAGGCCGGGAACGAAAGUGAUUGAAGCCGGUACCGGCAGCGCGAGUUUCACGCAUGCGCUCGCAAGGACGGUAGGGCGCAAGGGCCGCGUGUGGACGUUUGAAUUCCACGAGCCGCGGUACCAGAUGGCCGCGCAGGAGAUCGCCGAGCACGGCCUUUCAUCGGUGGUGAAGCCCACGCACGGCGACGUGUGCAAGAACGGGUUCGCGCACUCGUGCGGCGAAACACUCGACGCCUCCGCCGUAUUCCUCGACCUGCCCGCGCCGUGGGAAGCGAUCCCGCAUCUGAAGACGGUAGUGGCCAAGUCGAAAAUCACGCGGAUCUGCUGCUUCUCGCCGUGCAUGGAGCAAGUCCAUCGCACUAUCGAAGCGCUGCAGAAGGAUCAGUGGCUCGAUAUCGAGAUGGUCGAGGUUAGCUGUAAGCGCUGGGAAGCGCACAAGGAGAUGGUGCGCAAGCCCGAGGACGCGAUCGAGCGGUUACGUGACAUCAAGCGGAAACGAACGGCGGGGUUGAAUAAGCGUAACGCGAGGGUCGAGGCCGAGAGGGCGGCUGCAGCGGGGCGGGAACCGGAUGCGGAGGUCACUGCGGCAGCGGCGGGGUCAGAGUCGGUCGCGCCGCUGCCGACGGAUUAUAAUCCUUGGGGAAAAGGGAAGCGGAUCCAUGAGGGCGACGAAGGGUAUGAGUGGAAAAACGUGUCGAAGGUAGAGGCUGAGUUGAAGACACAUACGUCGUACUUGACGUUUGCGUAUCUUCCGCCGCCGAUGCAGGAUGCCGAGUAGCUUUCCGCGAAGUAAAGAAAAAGGUCGGAGUGUAUGAUUAUCAGUGUAAGAAAUAUAGAUGGAAUCGACUCAAAAUUACAUAGACAAAGAUGUACAAAAUAAUUGAAGUAUUU